UAGUCGCCGCUUCCAAAACCAGGGGUCACGAUGGCUGGCGACGUCGUCUGCUCGGCCGAGGUCCGGUACCGAGAGCAGCACACGGACAAGAGCCGCAACUCGGAAGGAGCAUGCGAGCUCGUGCUCACGCCCAUGGGCCUGUCCCUGCGCUCGGGCGCCAAGCAGCUGCGUGCGAUCCUGCUCCAGGACAUUCAGGACCUCCAAGUGAACGCAGCGUCGGCGGCGCGGGUCCGGUACAUGAUGCGACUGCGGCUGCGCCAGUCGCCGCCCAUCACGUACGUCUUUGAGUUCAGCGGCGACGACGAUCUGCAGCUCUUCAAGACGCAGCUCGGCCAGCGCCUCGUGCAGUCGUCGGCGACGCCUGCCUCCAAGCAAGAAGUCAUGUCGGAGACGGAGCGCAAGCAGCGCGCAGCGCUCCUCGCCGCGCACCCCAACACGCUCAAGCGGCAGCACACGGACAUGGUCACGGGCGGCCUUAUCUCGGAGAGCGAUUUCUGGAACCUGACGUGUCGGAAGCAGCUGCUCAUGGCCGAGGCCGAGAAGCGGCAGAAGACCGGCAAGACGUCCGAGAUCCUCACGGACGUCCAGGGCCAGAACCAGAGCGGCGAGCAAGCCGUCAAGUACAACUUGAACCCGGAGAUCAUCCACCAGAUCUUCGUCCAGUACCCUGUCGUGUACAUGGCGUACCAAGAGCAAGUGCCCGACAAGAUGGACGGCGUCGAGUUCUGGACCAUGUUUGUCAAGAGCAAGUACGCGCACCGCGACCGGCUCAAGCACCAGCAGAGCGGCGUCGAGGACUUGUUUACGAUCUACGAGGAAAAGUGGCAGAAGGCGCAGACCACGCCGGCCGUCCAAGGCCUCGUGGACCCGCUUAUAGACCUCACGGCAACGGCGCAAGACAAUAUUGUCAAUACGACGAUCGCGCCGCCGGAGAUUACCGACACGAACAUUGCCAAGUUCAACCGCCACGCUGCCGACGUCCUCAACGCCGCUGCGGCCCUCCAGCCCAAGAAGAAGAAACCCAUGGCGGCCAAGAAGGCUGUGCUCGCCGAGGCCAUUGUGAUCGACGACCUCCAGGCGCCGGCCCCGGCGCCGCACAUUCCAUUGAGUCUCGACAACACGGCGCGAUACUUCGAACAUGACGAACACUCGCUCGUGCACCGGUCGUUCAUGCAGCAACUCGAGCCGGCCCAGCGCGCGUUCGAGCGCAUGCUGAGCGCGCAGCCCAACUUGACGGCCGCGUUCCCCAAAGGCCCGGUGGCAAACAUCACGGCCGAGAUCCUUGCCGAGAGCUCGCAGAGUGCAUCGAGCGAGACCGUGGCCAACCCGCGCUCCGAGCAACACGCUCGGUUCAUUCCCAAUGACUUUAAGACGUUGUUGACCAACCUUUUCCACGAUGUGAAUGAGCUCCUGCGCCACUACCUGAGCUUCAAAGAGAAGGUCGCCUCGGACGGGUCCCCCGAAGCGCGGCUCAAGCUCGAGCGCAUCAAGGCCAAGAUGGGCGAAAAGUGGGAACACGUCGAUCGCAUGCGUCUCAAGCUGCCGCCCGCCGAACGCACGUCGCUCGGCCCGCUUUUGCUGCCGCUGAGCGACCAGCUCAACAUUCCGUUCUUGGACGAUUAACUUGUCCUCUUGAAAGAAGCACGUUUGAAGGACC